AUUUAUUAGAGCGGGGCUCGCUCGCGCUCCUCAGUCUGCUGAAAGAGCUUCACAAGCGCACAAGUACACAGCGCGUGAAGAGGAAGGAACGAGGACAUCUGAUACACUUUACCGAUUAAAAUUUUACGGAUUACCUCGGUCUAGUCGGUCAACAUCAACUAAAUACGACCUGAGUUUUGUACAGUGAUGAAAUUAUAAUCGACCCCUGUACUUCACCCAGUCAUCACCCGCACCCCAGCCUUCCUCUCCCGAAGUCCACAGAGAUGCGGACCGCGGAGGACUCAUCCAGCACAGUGCUCCACCGGCUCAUCCAGGAGCAGCUUCGCUACGGGAACCCCAACCACACCCCCACCCUCCUGGCCAUCCAGCAGCAGGCCCUGCGGGGGGGCAGCGGGGGCGGGGGGGCCGGGACUCCCCGGUCCUCCCUGGAGAGCCUGACGCAGGAUGAUUCCCACGGCACCCGCAUGUGCACCCGGCAGGAGCCCCAGGGACAGGAACACCAGGGGGACUACAAGCACUUAGAGAGCACAGACUGCCUCUACCAGCUCCAUGGGGAGGAGCUGCCCUCCUACGAGGAGGCCAAAGCCCACUCCCAGUACCUGGCCUCCCAGAGGGGCGGGGGCCCCCAGAGCGGGGCACCCCAGAGCGAGGGCCAGUGGGACGUGAGGAGAGAGCACGCCCGCUCCCUCAGUGAGCGCCUGCUGCUGCUGUCUCUGGAGAGGACCAGCUCCUCCGACCCCCUGGCCCUCAGCGCCUCACACAGCUACCCCCAGCUGUCCGGCCUCCACCCUGGCCCCCACGCCCCCCAGGGCACCGGGCCCCUGCAGCACCCGGACCAGAGAGGCCCCCCUCCAGACUACCCCUUCCUAGUCAGGGCCCCGGGGUACAUGGUCAGUCACUCCCAGGAGCACCGACAUGGACACUACUACAGCGAGCCUCCGCCCCCCUUCCACUCCCAGCACCACAGGUUCGUACCCGUCGAGGCCCAGGUGGUCCGGAACAACAUCUACCCCACCGUGAGCUCUGCAGGCCCAGAGCAGUUCACUACAACUCCCAGCAUGCCUAGCAACAGCUCUGUCCAGAUGGAGGUGCUGCUGAGGGAGAACGAGAGGCUGAAGAGGGAGCUGGAGGGCAGCGGGGAGAAGGCUGCGAGGCUGCAGAAGCUGGAGCAGGAAAGCCAGAGGCUUUCGGAGGCGUACGAGAUGCUGAUGAGCAGCUCGGUCAAGAGGGAAGCCCUGGAGAAGGCCAUGAGGACCAAGCUGGAGGAGGAGAUCAAGAGGCUGCACGACUUCAACCGGGACCUGAGGGAUCGUCUGGACACGGUUACCAGACAGCAUGUUGCUAAGGAAGUUGAAUCAGCAGACCACAAGCAUCACAUCUUCACCAAACUCCUUGAGCAAAACGAGGAGCUUCAGAGGGAGAGGGAGCUGCGAGCCCAGCGCUCCUCAGGGGAGGAGUGGGCGCGGAGGCGUGAGGCCCUGGAGGCGGCGCUGUGCAGUGAGCGUGUGCGUGUGCGGCGGCUGGAGGAGGAGCUGAGCAGGAAGAGGGCCUAUGUGGAGAAGGUGGAAGGGCUGCAGGGCUCGCUCGCCCAGCUGCAGGUCGCCUGCCAGAAGAGAGAGGCUCUGGAGCUCAGGCUACGCAACAGGCUGGAGCACGAACUGAAGACCCUGAGAGCCCAGCAGCGCCAGGCUCAGGGCCCCCAGGAGUCACCACAGAGCCCCUGGGCCCUGCGGUUGCAGCUCAGGGAGCGGGAGGAGCGGGUGCUGGCUCUGGAGGCUGACAUCACCAGGUGGGAGCAGAAGUACCUGGAGCAGAGCACCAUCAUGCAGUUUGCCCUGGACGCUGCUGCCACCGCCGCCGCGCAGAGAGAUACAACCAUCAUCAACCACUCCCCCCGACACUCCCCUAACGACAGCUUCAAUGACGACAUGCCUCUGACCAAUCACAGACACCAGGAGAUGGAGAACAGGAUCCGGGCCCUGCAUGGUGAGCUCUUGGAGAAGGAUGCUGUGAUCAGAGUUCUGCAGCAGAGAUCCAGGAGAGAACAGCAGGGCCUGAGGCAGGCCCUCUCUGCCCCCUCCAUCCCAGGCCCCGGAGACAGCACCAGCCCCGGGGACAGCACCAGCCCCAGAGACAGCCCCAGGGGGAAAGGGAAGAGUCUCUCGGAUGACCAGACGUCCUCGCUGCCCCCCCAUCCCCCUGCCCCCCUCAGGCCCCUCAGCCGGGACUCCAGCACACAGUGUGACGCCCCGCCCAUGGAGGAUGACCUCCAGCCUCCCUUGGCACCAGACUCAGAUGCUUCUGAGCACGUGAAAGCAGCCCUCAACACGUACAAGAACCUGACCACCUCCGACGCAGAUGUGGUAGAAAUCCUUAUUUAAGAAGGAAGAACCCCGACCACAGAUGAUGAAGCUGAACAGGAGCGAUGUCCUUGAUGAUUUCAGUCCUUCAGGACGACAGGAGCCCUCUGCCAGGAGACUGCCUCUCUCUCCUGACCCAGAACCCCUCCAACGUCUCCAGAGAGAGAGAGAGAGAGAGAGAGAGACAGACCCAUGCACGUGUCUGGAGGAGAGAGGAGGGGAGAGGGAGGAGAGAGAGGAGGAGGAGAGGAGAGCUGUGCUUUCCUUUACUGAUUCUGCUCAUCUAAAAAAAAAAUUGAACUGAACUUUUGUCUGUGGUGUUGUCAGACGCAAGUCCGAAUCCUGCAAGGUACUUGCACACAUUGUUUAUGUGAUUUGGUGUUAUUUUAUAUAUUUUCUUUGUUAUUUAGCUCUGUGUUUAUAUUUAUAAGUGCUGCUGGUAAUGUGCUGUGACAUUUUUGCAUGGACUUUCGUUAUUUUUAAGAGGAAAAGGAAGUGACCCUGAUGAAGGUUUGUCUUGUUCCUGUCUCCUCUCACCUCUGCAGUACUUCUCUGUGUUCUGUGUCUGCCAAUGUUGUACAUCAAGACAACUCACGUUCCUGGAUACAAUACAUACUCAGUCCAUGUUACAGUCAGGCUUCCUACGAGGUCAAUGUGAAGCUAAAUGCUUGGCUUAUGGAAGUCGGUUGUAGAAUGUGUUUACACAUUGUACCCUUGCAUUCCUCCUUUCCUCUGUGUUCCUCUGUGAAGACGGACUAUGCCUCCCUGCCCCUGCACCCCCCCUCCUUAGGGAACUAUGCAGUUGGUGCUCUCUGGGGGGCUGUGGGGGCCCUGCACACAGCUUAACCGGGGGGUCUGAAAUCCCCCUUUUCAGGGCCGGGGUGCGGAGGUCACAGGCUCUCCUAGACCCGUCUGAGAGAGCUGCGGAGGGGAGAGAGGCUGGGGUUCACAGAAGCCUUGUUUUUAAGAGGCCUAGUUCUGGUGCUCUGGGCCCCCAGACGGCCUCACCCAGGACGGCUCUCCCCGGUCUCAUAAUCUCUACGCAUUCCUCCCCAGCGCCGUGCCUCGGCCCGGAGGAAGAGCCUAUCUUCAGGCUGACCUCACACCCCCGUUAAACCGUCUGUCUUCUCUGAGCGCUCAUCUUGUCACUCGUCUACGCCUCGGCAGCAGGUUCUGCUGGGGUCUAAAUAUCCAGGAGGUUAUAUGCACUACUGAGGAGACAGGACAGUAUUUAGCCCUCGUUUUCCAUCUUCUAUUUGUUGACGCUAAACAAGUGUUGGGAUGGAGUGCUAUUUUCUUCUCUGCUCAAGUAUCAAGCAUGUCUGAGUUCAGACAUUCUUGACUCAGAACGACCCGCAUGAGGCAGUAACAGGAAACGCUUUGAUUUAGUUCCUUUUUGUGUGUUAAAUGCAGAAGUAUGUAUGACUGCGAUGUGGAAACUGGAAUGUGUGGGUGGGGGUGAGUUAGUGUGGUUCUGUACAAACUCUUCAGUCUGUCACCUUUUUUAACUGCUUUUUAAAUGUUGUUUUAAAUGUUUUCCUCUCACAGUGUGGUUGCUGGUCAAUGAUCUGUGUUUGAAAACUGUUUGCUAUUUUAAAAUGCCUUUUCACUUUUUGUACUUUGUUUACAUAAAAGGGUUGUAUCGAACUAAGAGAGGUUAAUAUAUUUUGUAUAUUUUUUUUCUUUUUAGUAUUCAGUGGUGUGAACAUAACGCCAAAGAUUUGCAUUACUUUUAAGUUAUAACUGAAAUAUAACUAUAUAUGUACGCAAGGUUUCAUGUGUAGAAGGCCUUGCUUGAUGUGGGUGACCCAUUGUAAAGUUGCUGUGAACUUCUAAAAUGGGGAUUUUUUUAUUCCAUUAACAUUUCAUUAAUAGAAUAAAGACUUUAAUAUAUAUCUUGAAA